GUCUUUACUUACUACCUUAGCAACAAAUUGUCAAAAUUUAAAUCAACGUCAAUUCUUUUUGUCAAAUAGUUUUUAUGUACAAGUUUUGUUAAUAUUUUUUUUCUGGAAAACUAAAUGGCUUAUAUAAUAGACACAGCGAAAACGACUUAUCCAAUACCAAGGCCGAAAUUAUCAACUCCGUAUGAAAUACCUGAAAGGGCAUAUGAGGUAUGUUAUCCAAUGUUGAUAGUACAAAAAUUAGAAUCGCAAUCAAUUGAUUUUGAAGAAAAUUCGGUUGUCGAAAGAAUUUUUAGAGUUUUGAACCAGAAUCAUCUUAGACCCAUUAAAAGGAAAAAAGAAGAUUAUAGUGAACUUAAAGUACAGUCUGAAAUAGAUAAUGAGCAUGGCCCUGUUACUGAUGGAGAUUCCACUUGCUUGGUUUCAUCUGAAAAUCAGUCGCAAAUUAUUGUUGAUAGUUCAAACACAAUGACAUACAGAGAAGUAUGUUUAGCCAUAGAAAAAGUUCUAAAAAACGAAGAAUUGAUGGAGAAAUACAUGAUGCCUCCUGGUUUAAAAGGAAAAACCUUUAUUAUUCAAAAUUCAUUUUUAAGGGAUUUGAAAAAUUAGGGGCUGCAUUGGCUACAUUUUUGGUUCAAAAUGGAGCGAUCUGCAUUGGCAUUAGAGAUGAAGAUGCGCAAAUAUAUGAUCCUGAAGGAUUAGAUGUGGAAAAACUUUAUGAAAACAAACUAUAUGAUGGUACUAUCAAAUUCUACCCCGGAGCUAUAUUAGAUUCAUCAGAUAUCAUCUACAAAGAAAAAUCCGACAUCCUAAUUUUCUCAGCCGAUCACAAAAGUUUAAAUUGGUACACACCAGAAGACAUUAGAGCCAGGAUAAUUAUUGAGGCAACCGAUAAUGCAACGAUGCCAAGAGCACCAAUAAUUUCAAAAGAAAAAUCGCAACUGGUUGUACCGGAUAUAUACGCCUGUCCCGGUGCCAAUGUGGAUUCUUACGUGGAGUUUCUUUGGAACUUGCAGCAGUUAGGAAAGUUGGAUAACAAAAUGUUAAGGAUAUCAUUAGGUGUAAACAAAACCGGUGUAGAACAAUAUCAGCUAGAAGAAGAGGCCCAAUUGCCAGUUCAAACAGGAUCACCAUUAUCAGCGAUUGUUAACCUGUCCAUUGUCAAUAGGGCAGCCAUUUUGGACACUCUCGAAUACAUUUUAGCUGAAAAGAAAAUAUUCAACUAUACGGAUCUUUUCACUAUUGGUACAGAUAUUCGUGCAGCAGCUUUGAUAAUAGGAAUCAACAAUAUAUUCAAAUCCCUUUAUCAACACAAAAGGUUUUUUUAAUAAAAAAAUAAUUGUAACUAAAUUUUAUUUAUUGUAAUAUAAAAAUCUAUCAUAAU